UAUAAAUUCCCCCACCUCUCAAUUACAUUUGUUAUCACUACAAAACCAAAAAAUCUCAUUUUACUCUCAUAUUAACCAAUCUCACAUUUCACGAGAUAGAAGAGAAAAUGGACAAGAAAGACGUAGGCGCCAAAGCUGGCUCUGUGGCACAGAGCACCGGUUCAAGCAGUGCCAAUGCUUCUGGUUCAGGCAAUAUGGUUGCACCUGGUUCUGGUGGUUCUGCUAAUAUCCCUAGGGAUGCUUUUGAGGCCAACACUAAGGCUUAUUUUGACAAUCUCCAUGCCAAGGAGAAGGCAAAUAAGUGAAAAUUUGUUUUACUAGUUAAUAAAGUGUAAACACUUCUUUGUUUAUGCUCCUAUGAUGAAUCAGUAUCGUUAAAUAAAUGAGAUUUACCUCUCG